CACUCUUGCCUCUUCAACUCUUCCUUCUCUCUCAUUUUCUUCAUUCAUCAACUUCUCAAAGUAUUCUUUCCAUCUAUUUAGCAGACUACCGGCACCAGUCAACACAUUUCCAUCUCUAUCCUUAAUCACCCUGACCUGCUGCACAUCCUUCCCAUCUCUAUCCCUCUGUCUGGCCAACCUGUAGAGAUCCUUUUCUCCUUCUUUCGUGUCCAACCUGGUGUUAUUUUCAUGCUCUCUCAAAAGUAUUGCAACGGUUUCUUCAGCUGGGAGAAAACGUUUCGGAUGGACGUGACGAGAGCGACGACAUUUACAUCUCGAGCCGACACGCACCUUCAAAAGUAAGACCAAAGAGAUUUCUGCUUUUACAAUGCAUUCGGGGUAGGUAAUACUCAAUAUUUACUUGCAAAUCAUAACAAUACCGUCAUCUCUUCAGUGUUCCAAUGAUGUCAACACACAUUUGUAUUUUUUUGUAAUGCCUUUGCAGGAUUUUGGCGACUGCAAAUUCUUCAUUUUUGUUGAUGUUUUGACAUUUUAAACGCCCUUCAAUGUACUCGUUACCAAGUAAAGUGCUCGCUCUUUAGGGUUCAAGUCUGGACAUUGACUUCCAUCCUUUAUCUACCGCUUUUCCGGGUCGCGUCGCAGGGGUGGUAGCUUCAGCAGGGAUCCCCAGACUUCCCUUUCCCCAGCCACUUCUUCCAGCUCUUCCGGAGGGAUCCCGAGGCGUUCCCAAGUCAGCCGAGAGACAUAGUCUCGCCGGCGUGUCCUGGGUCGUGCUCGGGGUCUCUUUCCGGUGGGACGUGCCCGGAACACCUCACCAGGGAGGCGUCCGGGAGGCAUCCGGAUCAGAUGCCCCAGCCGCCUCGUCUGGCUCCUCUCAAUGCGGAGGAGCAGCGGCUCGACGCUGAGCCCCUCCCGGAUGACCGAGCUUCUCACCCCAUCUGGAAGGGAGAGUCCGGGCACCCUGCGGAGGAAAGUCAUUUCGGCCGCUUGCAUCCGGGAUCUCGUUCUUCCGGUCACGACGCGCAGCUCGUGCCCAUAGGUCCAUCUUCCCACUGGGACUCAUCGGAACAAGUAGAUUAUACGGAACAAGCCGAAGGAUGGCCGUGGCCGGAUGUCCCGAUUAUUUCCUGCAUCAUCCCAACUAUCAGCAGGAGAAUCGAGAUCGAUCCACCAAUCACAGACAAGCAAAUCUGAUUGGGCCGGCCUUCCAACCAUCAACCAACCACAAUUCGCCAAGCCAUCAAGAGGAUGACGUUGAUUUAGAGGCUCUGGUGAACGGCAUGAAUUCUUCGGCGGAGAGCUUGCACCAGCAGACGGAAUCGACACGGCUUCUUGAAAACGGACAGACCUCGGCCUCCUCCCCGCAGGACCGCAACCACCGUCGGGCUCGGGCGCAACCGCGCCGGCCGGCCUCCUCGCCGUCCGCCGACCUUCCCCGGGCCGGCCUGUGCCGCUCGCAGCCCGUCCGCAUCCUGGCGGUCCGGAGGUUGCGAGAGGAGGAGGAGCGGCAGCAGCUGAGGACGUCCUCCCUCCCGGCCAUCCCCAACCCCUUCCCCGAGCUCUGCAGUCCGGCCAGCUCGCCCGUGCUCGGUCCCGGCUCGCUUCCUCCCAGAGAAGCCUCCGCCGCACAAUACAUCGUGAAGAUCUUCACCGAAGACGGCACGGUCAAAGCGGUGGAGAUCCCGGCCGACAUGACGGCCAAGGACCUUUGCCAGCUCCUGGUUUACAAAAGCCAUUGCGUGGACGACGACAGCUGGGUGCUCGUCGAGCACCACCCGCUGCUGGGGUUAGAGCGCUGCCUGGAGGACCACGAGUUGGUGGUUGAAGUCCAGGCUAGCAUGAGCAGCGACGGCAGAUUCGUCUUCCGGAAGAACUACGCCAAAUACGAAUUCUUCCGAACGCCGCUGACGUUUUUCCCGGAGCACAUGGUUGCGUGGUGCCAGGAAACCAAUCGUCCCAUCCCACCGUCGCAACUCCUGCAGAGCUUUCUCACAACCAGCAGUUGUCCCGAGAUUCAGGGUUACCUUUACGUAAAGGAGGUGGGCCGAAAGUCGUGGAAGAAAGUUUACGUGUUCCUGCGGCGCUCAGGACUUUAUUGUUCCACAAAAGGAACCUCAAAGGAGCCCAGACAUCUCCAUUUCCUGGCAGACCUUGAAGACAGCCACAUCUUCGCUGUCAUCAGCGGCAAAAAGCAGCACGCCGCGCCCACAGACUACGAGUUCUGCAUCAAGCCCAAUAAAUGCAGAGGGGAGUCCAAGGACUUAAGGAUUCUGUGUGCUGAAGAUGAGCAAGGCAGAACCUGUUGGAUGACGGCUUUUCGAUUGUUCAAGUACGGGAUUAUUUUGUACCAGAACUACAAGAUCCCGCAGCAAAGAAAAACUCUACUUUCACACUUCUCAGCACCUGUGCGAAGCGUGUCCGAGAACUCUCUGGUGGCGAUGGACUUUUCGGGAACGAUAGGCCGGGUGAUCGACAACCCUGUGGAAGCUCAGAGCGCCGCCGUGGAGGAGGGCCAUGCGUGGAGGAAGAGGAAUCACCGGAUGAACGUGUUGGGCUCCCAUAGUCCGUUGCAUCACUCCUCACUCAACUCGGUCAUCCACAUAGCCCAGCUGUGGUUCCACGGCAGAAUCACCAGAGAAGAAUCGCAUCGCAUUAUCCACCAACAGGGUCAAGUCGAUGGCUUGUUUCUGCUCCGAGUCAGCCAGAGUAACCCGAAGGCUUUUGUGCUCACGUUGUGCCAUCACCAGAAAAUCAAACAUUUCCAGAUACUACCGUGCGAAGAGGACGGCCAAGUCUUCUUCAGCCUUGACGAUAGUGCCACCAAAUUCACCGACCUGAUCCAGUUGGUGGAGUUCUAUCAACUCAACAGAGGAGUGCUGCCUUGUAAACUCAAACACCCGUGCACCAUUGUGGCCUUAUGACCCCUGCGAUCAUGUGACCCUACAACCCCCCCCUUUGGUUUGACCUGACUCUGCCCAAAGCAGAGCGAAUGUUAAUAUUGAUUGUUUCUUGUGAGAAGUUUGUGAAUUGUUUUGUGGAUAAGCGGCUCGGGAAAUGGACGGAUGGAUGUUUUGUUUUUCUAUUCUUAUUAUUAUUAUUUUUGUCCAUGCGAGUCCGCCAGAUACUGCUGAUUUCUUGGAUUCCUUUCGGGGUGUGUUGAAUGUUACCCGAUUGCACGCAAAGUUCCGUAGUCGCGGCGACGGAGGACGAUCGAUGAACACUGCCAUAUUUGCGUUGAUGCUUUUGCAAAAAAAAAAAAAAAAACUGGUCACUGUUAAGCUGGAGGGAGGAGGGCGGGGGGGGGGGGAGUGUAUUUAGAAUCUUCCAUCUGAAGUGAAGACUAUCGCCCUCUUGUGGACAUUCAACAGGACGCCGAAGCCUCCGGUGUGGCGUUCGGACCACUCGGCCCUUUGAGAACUGGAGUCUCGUUGGAACUUCUCUGAGAAUUCUACGUCGAUCGUCUGGUUUUUUUGUUUUUGUUUUUUUGCACUCACCCAACUGGGAGUGGCCUUCGAGGGUGCUGGACUUCUUCCUUGUUGGCGUUACUUUUUAACUGUGAGACGGUGUCACUGCCCUCUAGUGUCGGAGGCAUGUAAAGACAAGAUUAAGCCGCGUUGCAGCCGGAACAGAAAGUGAUUUUUAAAUAUUAUUAUUAUUAUUAUUAUUAUUAUUGCGAGUCUGCAGAAGGUGGUUGAUGAACAUUCUUGAAAUGUCGAAACUGAAUAUUUUUUUUAAUUGGCUGACAAUACAGAAUGUCAAAACAUGCAUCUCUUUUUCCUUAUUAAUUUUUAUUUUGUCAACCCAUCCGUUUGCAAUCGUCUUAUUAUUUGGAAUAUGUUCCACACAUGAUGUAGAAAGACACGUCCAGUUUUCUUGGUAAGUUUUACGUUAUUAUGCCAUACAUUUUUCAUAGGGAAUAAAACACCAAUAUUUGUGCCGGUUAUGGACAAACGAAAUAAAAUUUGAUGUACGCAGGGGUCUCAUAAUGCGCGUUUUAUAGAACAGGCAAAGUGUAAAAAUGAUCAGCAGUCGAUUGCUUUGCGUCCUGUGGGGAAAGUCCAAAAUUAUGAAUUGUGCUCAAUGUGCCGUUAGCCUGGAAACAAUUAUGGAACUCAAAUUGCUGGAUGACACACAUUACCUAUGAUUAUGAGAAUGCAGUCUUUCCCAUUUAAAAAAAUGUAACUUUUGAUUGCCCGCAUUAUGAAAUCUCAUGCAAGAAAUCAUUUUGCAGGUUGUCUUUUUAUCCCUCUGUGUCACAGUUUGGCGAGAAAAUACAUAGUUUGACAAUACAACGGGGGGGGGGGGGCGCAUUUAGCAGGUAUCAACAGAAUUGACAAAAUAUUAGGUACAUAUUUUAAGUUGUAAAUGACAUUUUUGGGCUUGAUGUGUGCCAAAUGAGCAGCUGGGGAGAGAGAAAUUUGAAAGGUCGCCGGCUCGGCUGGCGACCAGUUCAGGGUGUACCCCGCCUCCUGCCCGUUGACAGCUGGGAUCGGCUCCAGCACUCCCCGCGGCCCUUGUGAGGAUAAGCGGCAAAAGAAAAUGGAUGGAAUGAAACUCCCUCAAAUGACCGAGUUCAGUGUUCACGCUGCCUGUUAAGAUGGAAUCAGGAAUUUUGCCUUUGUGUCAAAGGCCCGAAGGUUCAAUAUUUGUGUAUUUGGCAAAGAAUAUCAUCAAUUAUUAGUAAAGGAAGCUCCCGACGCACGAGUGCCUUUCUCGACACGUUUGGGAUUUUUAGUAUUUUCAAACGGACUCGUUACAAGGUGCAAGUAGUUGUAUUUGAAUGGCGUUUCUGAUGAUUUACAAACUCAUUUGACAUCCCAUCGAUUUCGUGUCACGUGAGGAACUUUGAUUGUUUUCUUUUUUUUUUUACCUUCAAACUUUUAGGGUGCAUAUUUCUCCCGAGAUUGUAACCCAAGGUUGACCUGCCGUCUUUAUUUAGCUGCUGGUUGUUUUCAAAGAUUUGCAGUGCAGUCUCAUUAAAUAUUGCAACUCUGCAUGGUCACCGUUAGUUAUCCAAAAGGCAAUCAUCAAUAUUUUUUUAGGAUUUGUUCAGCAAAAAUGUAUUUGUAUGCGUCCGAUCUACUUGAAAAUCUUCGAUUUCUUUUUUUGUCCUUCAACGCUGCUUUGUACUGGGUUUUUUUCCCAUUGCCGUGAAAUGAUUGUUAAAAUAAUAAUUGUAAUUGCGUAGCAUCUAUUGACAUACAACGUUCUAAUUUGUUUUCAUUUGAUUUUUUUUUUUUUAAUUCUUAUGAUUGUGAGGAUGGAGUAUUGAAAGGUACUUUAAGACAAGUGAAGUUUUAAAGCACACCGUCAACCAUCCACAAUGUUGAUGUCGUUCCACUUUAUGCCGUUUGCAAUGUUCAUCCACAAAAAGCAUCAAUAAUUCUUUUCUUUUAACCCAUUAAAUAUGUUCUUUUUUUUUUUUCUUGGCUCGAAAAACGAAGAAUCUAAAACUUUUUCUUGCUUUUGAUGUCAGUUAAAAACCGCAAUCCCGAUUUCAGAGAUUCAGUCGUGGGCC